ACCACAUCUUCACACAGCAUCACUCUCUCUGACCUGAAACCUGCUACUAAUUACUCUGUCACUGUCUGCACUGUGCUGGAAAAUGGAAAGCAAAGUCAACCGGUGUCAACAACCCUCACCACAGUACAUUUCCAGUGGUGGAAGAGACCCUCCAGAGUUGCUGCAGUGUGUGUUCUACUGGCUGUGAUCAUAGGCCUGUGGGAUUCCUAUGCCACUGUAGAGCGAGACCAGCUACAGAAUAGUCUAAAUACCAGGACCACCGAGAGAGACCAGCUACAGAAUAGUCUGAACACUAGAACUAUGGAGCGUGACCAGCUACAAAAGGAGAUAGAAAGGCUGAACUGGAAGAUCAAAGGAUGGAGAAGGUUUGGCUCCAGAUGUUACUAUCUCUCUACUGAGAAUAAAUCCUGGACUGAGAGUAGACAGGACUGUCUGGAGAGAGGAGCAGACCUGGUGAUCAUUAACAGUGAAGAGGAACAGGCAUUCAUCAAUGGGUUUGAAUCAGUCCAUUAUGUCUGGAUUGGUCUGACUCACUCUGUUACUGAGGGGACCUGGAAAUGGGUGGACGGCACCCCACUGACCACCCCAAGCUAUUGGGGGAGUGGAGAGCCUGGUGGUGGUGGAGUGGAGAACUGUGUGGAAAUCUCUUACCUGUCAUCAGGCCAAAGAGUAUGGAGGGAUUAUAAGUGUUCAUUUCCACAACAAUGGAUCUGUGAGAAAUAAGCUUCUCAUAGGUAAUUUCUCUGCCCUGCUGAUUAAUCUACUUUAUGUUAAUGAUGGUCUGAAGACUGGUGUGAUUUGGUAGAAUGGUACUCUGAACUACAGGUAGGAGACAAACACACAUUCAGACGCGCACACACACACACACACACACACACACACACACACACCAGCUGAUCUGAACCUGAGUCUCCAACGGGAGAAAACAACCUCUUAGUUAGAGGAAAUUCCCUUUUGGGCCGAGACACUGAUUUUGAAGUUGCAGGCGGGGCUACUUCAUCACGUGACCAUGAGCAACCAAUCAUGACCAACACAUGUCCUCUACACAAGCUGACACACAAUCAUUUAUUAAUAUGUCAAACAAUGAGUUGUAUAAUAGGGGUAUAUCAUUCAAUAGCCGCUGUCAAUCAAUUACUGUUAAGUUUUACAGUACUAAAUACAUUUGAAAUGACUGUAUAUGUUUCAGAUAUACUGUAUGUUUGCUUCUUGUGCUUUUAUCAUACUGAACAUAAACAAUGUCUACGUCCUGCUAUUUUAAUAAAUCAUUUAACCUAGAUUAAAGACACUUCCUGUCUAGUACAUUAUUGUUCUGUACUC